AGAGAAGGUUGGGUGGCGAGGGCAGAUAGAGGGAAAUCCCCUUGGCACUUACUCGGGUGGAAAGACUGAAUUGAAAAGACCGGUGUGUUUUCUUCAUGAGAGACGCCUAUUGUCAAGAGAUGCUCAGGCAACAUCCUAAACCACCUGUGCCCUUCACCUUUGAGCAGCACCGAAUAGCUGGAAGAAGAAAGAGUUAUGUCCAAAGGAGAGUUGAAAAGAAAGAGGGUCCCAUGCAAGUUGUUUGAUUAUUUCAGCUCCUUUUCAACCACAACUCAUUGAUCUGUUGGAUGGAAGUGGAAAACAUUUCCGAAACUGACUGCUGCAAGAUUGUUUCCAGAUCCCUUUGCUGAUCAACCACAGUACUAACCAAAUAAAGACUCUCGGGACUCUGAUCUUUCAAGCAGGAAAGUGUUAAACCCCUCAUGUGAUAGAGAAUAAGAGCAGUGGGAUUACUAUUCACUACUCUGAUUUGCCAUUCAGCUGGAUGGUGAAGAGAUUAGAAGGACCAAGUACUUGGGCUAAACCAUCUGCAGUCAAGAAGGGGAGUCUGGAUUGUGUGCAGAUGCUCACUCAAAGCCUAUGCCAUCCAUGUUCCCAGAAGGUUAUUUUUCCUGACUCUCUUCUCCCCUCCUUACUUAGGCAAGUCAGCUUUCAGAUAUCACUGGGACUCAGUGAAUACUAUGGAUAAAAGAGAAGGAGGCUGUUAGGUAUUUGGAUACUUUCUUGGGAAGCUUAACAGUGUGUUCAACCAUGGCCCUGGGCUGCUGUGUGCUGAAGAAUGCAGCUGUCUCCAACCUGGAUACAGAGAGUAAACUGAGUGUGUACUACCGAGCCCCUUGGCAUCAGCAAAGAAAUAUUUUCCUCCCCUCAACCAGACCCCCGUGCGUAGAGGAGCUGCACUGCCACGCCAAACAGAACCUGCGAGUCUUGCACAGAGAACAACGAAACACGGGUGAUAACAGAGAGCAAAAGGUGCCAGGCCCCAUCUCAGUAGUAGCUCCUCCGUUUCCUUCUUUCCCUGCAAUCUACACUCAGAAGAAGCAAACAAUAAAGGACCGGCACUUGCUAACAUUUAACAGCACCCGCUCGCCCUCCCCCACUGAGUGUUGCCACAUGACCCCAUGGAGUAGAAAGUCCCAUCCACCAGAAGACGAAGAUACAGAUGUCAUGUUAGGGCAGAGGCCGAAAAAUCCAAUACAUAAUAUCCCUUCUACACUGGAUAAGCAAACCAAUUGGAGUAAAGCACUACCUCUCCCAACUCCGGAGGAGAAAAUGAAACAAGAUGCCCAAGUGAUUUCCUCUUGCAUUAUCCCCAUCAAUGUCACUGGAGUUGGUUUUGACAGAGAGGCUAGUAUACGCUGCUCUCUUGUUCAUUCACAAUCUGUACUACAGCGGAGACGAAAGUUGAGAAGGAGGAAAACCAUCUCUGGCAUCCCCAGAAGAGUGCAACAAGAAAUAGAUUCUGAUGAGUCUCCUGUAGCAAGAGAACGGAAUGUAAUUGUGCAUACAAACCCAGACUUCUCCAGUACAGUCAACCGGAGAUCAGGUACCAGAGACUCUGAGUGUCAGACUGAAGAAAUUCUUAUUGCUGCUCCAUCCAGGAGAAGAAUCCGAGCUCAGAGAGGUCAGAGUGUUGUAGCCUCCCUGUCACACUCAGCUGGCAACAUCCUGGUGCUGACAGACAAUGGGGAUUCAGUGUUUGCUACAGCAGUGAGCAACCGCAUCCGAUCACGGAGUCUUCCUCGUGAAGGUGCUAGAACCAGUGAAGCUGAUCAAGAUGCUGGGGCCAAAACUUCAGUGUAUGAAGCAAACUGCUUUUUGGCAAGCCAAGAAAGAAUCCCAAAAAAGGGUAAAGAUGCCAUCGAUAAACAAGAUUCACAAGAACACCAGCCUAUAGGUUUGACCUGUUCUCAGCAUCUCCACAGUCCAGAGCAUAACAUAAAUGAGAGAGGGAGGUCGAGGUUGUCCAGGAUGGCAGAUUCUGGUAGCUGUGAGAUUUCCUCAAACUCUGACACCUUUGGGAGCCCCAUUCACUCUAUUUCCACAGCAGGUGUCCUUCUCAGCAGCCACAUGGACCAAAAGGAUGACCACCAGUCCUCCAGUGGGAACUGGAGUGGGAGUAGCUCAACAUGUCCCUCACAGACAUCUGAAACCAUUCCUCCAGCUGCCUCUCCUCCACUGACUGGCUCUUCACACUGUGACUCAGAGCUAUCAUUGAACACUGCUCCUAACGCCAAUGAGGAUUCCAGUGUCUUUAUAACAGAGCAGUUCAGUGAUCAUGUAGAUAAGGUUAGAGGUCACAGGGCAAGCUCCUUCACCUCCACUGUAGCAGAUUUACUUGAUGACCCCAAUAACAGCAACAUGAGUGAUAGCGAAUGGAACUACUUGCAUCAUCAUCACGAUGCAUCGUGUCGUCAGGAUUUCAGCCCUGAACGCCCAAAGGCUGACAGCCUGGGAUGCCCAAGUUUUACAAGCAUGGCCACUUAUGACAGUUUUCUAGAAAAGACUCCAUCUGACAAGGCAGACAGUAGCUCUCACUUUUCUGUGGACACUGAAGGAUAUUAUACCUCCAUGCACUUUGACUGUGGUCUCAAGGGUAAUAAAAGUUAUAUUUGUAACUAUGCAGCCGCAGGCUCUGAGAGUGGCCAGAAUGCAGGUGUUGCUUCCAGUAUCACUGAUUGUGCCUGGCAGUGUUGUGUAAACCACAGGAGGCAGGGAAGACAGAGUAUCGCUCUUAAGAAACCAAAGGCAAAGCCAGCCCCACCAAAACGCAGCUCAUCUUUGAGAAAAUCUGAGAGCAGCAUGGAUCUUCCUGAGAAGAACGAACCAAAGAUAAGCGGUGGGCAGCACGUGCCUCACGCUUCCAGGGAAAUGAAGUUGCCACUUGAGUUUUCAAACAUACCCUCCAGAGUGGAAAACUCUAAUCUGCCAAGCAAACAGGAACUCUCCUGGAUUAACCAGAAUGACAGUGGAUUAAAGGACACUCCAUUUGACACCACAGAUAUUCCAUCAUUUAAAGAUGAAGGUGCUGACCAAUCUCACUAUGCAGAUCUCUGGCUUCUAAAUGACUUGAAAACUAAUGAUCCUUAUAGGUCUUUAUCCAAUUCAAGCACUGCUACGGGUACUACAGUCAUAGAAUGCAUCAAGUCCCCAGAGAGUUCUGAAUCACAAACGUCACAGUCUGGAUCAAGAGCCACCACUCCAUCCCUCCCCUCUGCUGAUAAUGAGUUUAAACUGGCUUCUCCAGAAAAGCUGGCUGGUUUAGCCUCCCCGUCUAGUGGUUACUCCAGUCAGUCUGAAACACCAACAUCUUCUUUCCCAACAGCUUUCUUUUCUGGACCCUUAUCCCCAGGGGGUGGUAAAAGAAAGCCAAAAGUACCAGAAAGGAAGUCCUCGUUGCAACAGCCACCUUCUAAAGACGGCAAUAUAUCUAUAAACAAAGAUCUUGAACUUCCAAUUAUACCUCCUACUCAUCUUGACCUAAGUGCUCUUCAUAAUGUCUUGAAUAAACCAUUUUCUCACAGACACCAGUUGCAUGUUUUGAAUCACAAUAAACAGAACGUGGUAGGAGAAGCACUAAAACCUAAUCCUCCACCAGCCCUUGCUAUCACACCUUCAGUUUUAAAGUCUGUUCACCUUAGAUCAAUUAAUAAGCCUGAAGAUGCAAAACAAAAAGACAGUGACACAGAUCUUGUCUUCAUAGAAGAAACCACAUUAAUGGUGACUGGCAUUUCUCCAGUCAAAAUGAAACCAUUUGUAGGUAAAAAACCAUUAUCACGUCAGUACUCCACUGAAGAUGCCAUAAUGUCCUAUCCUGACUUUUCUCCAAUAGAGCCAGGCCCUGAUAAUCUGAAUUCAGAAAAAAGUUCCUCUUUCACAGCACAGAAUACUUGUGAUCAAGACUCACUAACCUUAGCAAACGUGGAUAGUUUAGAAGCUAAGUCCUUCAAAGACCAUAUGCACCCAGAUAGUGAACUGUUACCAGAAAACACACCAAAUAAAACCUGUAACACUUCUACAGAAGAAUUUCAAAAAGGCGCAAUUGUCUUCACAAGUGAUUAUGAAGCAAAGACAACUCCUGGCAUGGAACAGGAUGAGAGCCUUGAUCACAUGCAGAUUCAGCAAGAAUUAUCAGCAGCCUCUGAACAAAAGUUUGUAUCUGAACGUGUGAAUGAAACCAUAUCCCAGCCGGGGGAAGCAGACUUUAGCAAUCAGCUUAAGCACCAGUUUGAUUUAAGCCACCAUGAUAACAAAGUGCCUGGGAAUAUCACCUAUGAGUCCGAGACAGCAACUGUAAAUUCACUCAGUGAAAAUAGUUCUGAGCAGGAAAAUGAUAUUGCAUCAGGUAUUGCAACCAAAAGUGCCUCUGAUAACAGCAGGGCAGAGGAGACACAGGGGAGUGCAGAUCAUGCUUCAUUGAAAGAAUCUUCUCCAAGUGAUGAUUCCGUAAUUUCGCCGUUGAGUGAAGAUUCUCAGCCUGAAACAGAAGAUGUUUUUGUGUCUCCAAAUAAACCUCGUACAACUGAAGAUCUUUUUGCAGUCAUUCACAGAUCAAAAAGAAAAGUUCUUGGAAGAAAAGAUUCUGGAGAGCUCGCUGCAAGAAACAAAUUGAGAGCUUCAUCUGGCACUAGCAGCCAGUCACUUGCCAGUAGCAUAUCACCUGCCAGCAGUGUGCCAACCCCCAACAAUAUGGGAACCCCAACAAGCAGUCAGAGGUCUCCUGGUCUUAUUUACAGGAAUGCCAAAAAAUCUAACACAUCUAAUGAGGAGUUUAAGCUCCUGCUCCUUAAAAAGGGCAGUCGAUCUGAUUCUAGUUAUAGGAUGUCAGCCACUGAGAUACUAAAGAGCCCUAUUUUGCCCAAGUCUCCUGGUGAGCUAAUUGUGGAGUCCCCUCAAAGCACUGAUGAGUCUCCCCAGGCAUCACCAGGUUCUGAAGCAUUAUCCCCCCUUUCUCCUUGCUCCCCUAGAGUUAAUGCAGAAGGUUUUUCCUCCAAGAGCUUUUCUCUGUCAGCUUCUUCAAGAAUAGGGCGCUCACGGGCACCUCCUGCAGCCAGCAGCAGUCGCUACAGUGUACGCUGUAGGCUGUACAACACGCCGAUGCAAGCUAUCUCAGAAGGAGAAACUGAGAAUUCAGAUGGCAGCCCUCAUGAUGAUCGAUCUUCUCAGAGUUCAACAUAGGCUUCACCAGCUCCAGGGCUGCACUGUUGACUGUGAAACAUGUAAACUCUGAAUCCAUUUGGGUUAUGUAAGGAUGUGAACUUAGUAGGCCAACUCUGUAGCAGUCAAAAAAAAUUGCAGGGCAAUAUCAAUGAUUAUAAGUAUUUGUGUUUAUAAGAUGCUGGGAAAACAGAAAAUUAGAGCUGUAGCUAUUUAUUUCUUUGCAUUUUCUAAAAGUAGAAAGAUAUGCUAUGACUCCUCUGUUUACUGCUGUCUUUGCUUCAUUCCACUCAUUUCAGUUGUUGCUGUAGAUUUCAAAAGUAUUCCAGUUUUCAUAUAAUUAAAAAUGCCUUUUUUUUCCUGCAAAGUUUGCCCAUCUAGGAACAAAAACCCUCCCUCUUUGUAGUGCUUCCCUAGGGAAAAAAAUGAAUUGCUCUUGAGGAUUGGUAUUUUUCUACUCUAAAAUGAACUGAAACAAAAUUUAAAAGAAAUGAAUAAAACAUAUGUAAAUACCAUAUUUUUGAUAAAAGUUUGUAAAUAGAAUUAUCAAAAAAGUGGACAUGUGGCAAAUGAUUUAUGGCAAAACAACUUUGUUUAUAGAAGACAAAACAAGUCAUAUGUAAUAACUGUAUUCUGUGAAUACCAUUUUCAUAUAAAAAAUCAUAUUUACAUGUCCACCAAUACCACUUUGUGUGAAGAAUGAGCCUCCAAUAUGAAUUUUAAGCAUCAAAUGACAGAAAAUCUUAAUGCUAGUUAAUGAAUAACUAAAUAUAAUAAUUAAGAUGCAAUUAAUUUUAAAGUAACCAUUUGUCUUUCAAAAUUUUGUUCCAAACAAGCAGAUUGCAAAGUACAGCUGUGAGUUUUAAUGUGGUAAUUGGUUUGGAUGGAAAGCAUGCUUUUCUAAUGCAAAGGCCCAAGCAGUCACAUUUGACAGUGUCCCUUAGCCUUUUAUUCUGACAUGGAUUGCUUUAGAGAGACUAGAUAUGAGGAAAUAAUACUUAUUUUCAUAUUCUUAGUAGGCUAUUGGGAUACUUAACACAGUCAUAACCUGAUAAUUAUAAACUUAACCAUGAUUAGUUUCUGGUUCUUAAAGAAAACAAAUAAAUUAUAAGCAUGCAACAAGCGCUUGUGAUUUAUCAGUAAAUAUCUGCAGUGAGUUUUCAGUGAAGCUUUCUCUUUGUGCUGAUGAGAUUCAUGCUACCUAAAUAUCUACAGAAAUGACACUGUGAAAAAAACGUAGCUGGGAAAUAGGUAUGUGUACACAUUAUUUAUAUUCAUCGUUAAACUGGGAACGGGGAAAGCUCUGGUUCAUUAUGCCAGCCACAUACAGCUUAGUUUUGUCUAGGUUUACCAGAAAUGCUUAACAGGGUUGGGGAGUGGGAUUAGGGAUGGGAGAGGAGGUGAAUCAGAGCAAAUGCUUUGAUAAAAUGAAGGCAGGGAAACAAAAGCUGAUUUACUUGAAGUUACUUGAAUUUUCUUAAAGCUGAAAGAAAAUGUAAUUAUGAGCUUAACUCACAAGUUGUUUUACACCUUUAAUUUUGGAACAAAAUAAAACCAAUGUUUAAAAAUGGUAGGCCUGAUACUCCUUUGUUACACCUGUUUUCUAAGAGUGUAGCAUCGCUUAUGCCAAGUGGAGCAUCAGGAGCUGUUUGUCCAAAAUUUAAGCAGUAAGUAGUGUUUGCUAUAGAACGUGAUUGUGAACAUGGAAGGUUUAGUGCAGCGAACAUAUUUAAGAAGGAAUGUGGUGUGCAGUAGGACAAAAUGAGGAGGAUGACAGAAAGAACGUACUUGGUACUGAAGAAAUCAGUGAAAAGCUGACUUCAAAUGUAAGUUAGUGAAGAUAAGGAAGUGGGAUGUGUGAAAGGAGUUUUAGUGUUUUUGGUUUUACUCAUACAAUGUAUAGAGCGGAGAGUUUUAAAAGAAGGCAAAUAAUGUUUUAGCAAGGAAAAUUCUAUUUAAAAAUGAAAUGUUUUUGGAAUGAUUGAACAAAAUAGAAUUUGCUUAACAAAUUUUGAUUUUAUUUCUCGUUAGACAGUGUCCAGUUUCAUCUAGUAUUCACCACAAAAAUAGGUAUAAUUCAGGGUUUCCUACAAUCCUCCUGGGUAGUAUGACGGUGAAUGGUAUGUGAGAUGUAGUUUGUGUGCAUGGAGGCACGUGUGUUAGGGAAGGGGGAAGUAACUUGGGAAAAGAGUUUAAUGAUCAGGAAAAUCUGAAAGUGUCUAAAAUAUAGAAGUGGAUCCAGGUUUUAGGGAAAAGUCUGGUUUAUAUUAACAGGUUAGUUAAGAAAAGCAAUCUAAAGACAGGUGAAAUAAAUGCAUUAGUGUAUGUUUUUAACUGCUCUUGUUAAGCCUGUAGCGAUAUACUUCAGAGAACAUAAGUAAAAGGAAAUUGAUACAUCAGGCAGAUCAGCCUUAUUCAGUCAUCUUACAUCAUUUUCCUUAAAGUUUGUAACCCCAGCAUUUUUGCAACAGUUCUUCUUAAAGGUCUUACGUGUGCUUUAAAAACAUUGUUCUAAAAUCUGAAUAGAAAACAGCUGAAUUGACUUUAAUGACAUCACCUUUUAUUACCAACCUAGACAUUUAAUUUCAUAGUGAUACCAUGUAUAUAUAUAUAUUUUAAAAGAUAAACAUUUUGACUUGAAUUAUGAGGUAGUAAGAUACCUUCUGUAUGUAAUGCUCAUAGAACUAUCACAUAAAAUAUAGGUGUACUUAUUUUGUUUAAUCUAAAAUCUAUGACAAAGUUUUUUUUUUCUAUUUUCUAUUUAACAGAUUAAAACCCAAAUAAAAUGGAUUAUAAAUCCAUUAUGAAGAAAAGAAUUCACAAGUAUAACAGGUGUGAGAGCCAGAUAAAAGGAAAAACCUUUAGUGAUGUAUGUGUCUUUAAGGCACUCAAGACAAGCUUUAGGACUAAUGUAAUUCCAUUCAUAUCUUGAAACAGGGUAUUAUACAUACAUUAGGUAACUUGUGAACCAUCAUUCCAACCUCUUGCUCUGUUGUUUGCACUGAUGUUAUGGAAAUGGUUUUUGAAGUUAUACAGCUGUUACUGUAUUCUGAAAAUAACAUUUUUUCUUUGCCCUUCUCUUUUUUUCUUUUUGUGGCAGCAUAGAGGACAUGGAAUAGUUGUAGCAAAUAAUGCAUAUGUUUGCUUUUGCCAAAGGUCAGUGAUUGAGUGCAUUUGCUGCAAUGGUGGCAGAUUUAGAGAAAUACUGUAGGUUGUGACAUAAAGAUUAAAAAAAAUAAGAAGGUUACAGUGUAACUAUUUUGGUACUAGCACCAGUUCAUGCUGGCAGAAAAGACAAUGGUUUAUGGACUUGCAUCCAUUUUGUAUUUUUGUAAUAUUUGUAAAUAUGAACUUUUUAAAUUGUUGCAAAGAUGGUUUCUUUUGUAAAAUGUUUUCAAAGUUUACAUUAAAUCCAAGCCUUUGUAUAUUUUAGAGCUGUGCAACACUUUAAGUCUUGUAUUUAUUUUUAGUAAAAACGGUGACAGUUUCAUUGUGAUCCCCUCAAAGAUGUGUCAGAGAAGUUUGAUUACCUAGAAAGUGUGUAUAGAAACUACAAAUAAACGUGACUGCAAUUAAA